AUGUCUACAAAUAAAAUUAUAGAAGAAGAAGAGCAUAGUUCUACAAUUUAUAUUGUAAAGUUAAUUACAUUACUUGGUAAUUGUACUACAACUUUUGUAGUACAGGGUCUUGGUUCUCGUAUCAAGUGUGAUUGUCCAGACCCAGCAUCAACAAACCAACCGUCUUUAUUUGCAGUCCCUUAUAAUAAACACAUGUGUCAAGUGGGCUGGCAAAGAAAAACAGACGCAAGGAGUAGUAACAGCCACAAUGGAUGUCUCAUGUGUGAAUGGGACGCACCUGGGGGUUCAAAUACUCUAGACUGA